ACCGCCCUAGUGUGAGUUUGCCCCUCAGUUUUCUUUCUCUUGUUCUGCCUGAAGUGGUCAUGAAGACAUCGCCGAUUCUCGUCGGCUGCUGCCUCCUCGCCAUGGCGCUAUGCUAUGUGCCCGAUCACACGGAGGGGGGAGAUCCAGGCGGUUUUGGACAUUGGCAUGAAUUAGAUUGUAAACCAACUGAUGCAUGCAUUGAUAACGGUGGGUAUUGCAUCAGAAAUAACAAGAAAGAAGACUGCUACGGCCUCCUCUUUCCAAAAGAGUGCAGGUCACCCAUAUGUUCUUGCUGUGUAGAAGACGAAAGUAAAUGUUUGCGUAAUCCCUGUCAAAAUAACACCGUGUGUACGAACACUUCCGGAAGCUACCAAUGCGGGUGUCUUCCUGGAUACAACUUGACUGCAGAAGGCUGUGUUGGUGAGUUAGAUAAAAGCUACAGAACUUUUUAUACAUAA